CUCUCAACCUUACAAUCAAGAAUCACUUGCAAGAAAAUGGCAGCAGAAGCAAUCACCAGCCCAACAAAAGAAAGGGUUGCAGUGGUUACAGGAGGGAAUAAGGGAAUCGGACUUGGGAUUUGUAGACAGUUAGCUUCUAAUGGAGUCACAGUGGUUUUAACAGCUAGAGAUGAGAAGAAGGGUGCUGAAGCUGUUGAAGCUCUUAAGGGAUCUGGGCUCUCUAGUGUAGUUUUUCAUCAACUAGAUGUCACUGACCCUGCUAGUAUUGCUUUCCUUGCUGGUUUCAUCAAAACCCACUUUGGAAAGCUUGAUAUCUUGGUGAACAACGCAGGGAUUAGUGGAACAGAAGUAGAUGGUGAUGCUUUAAAGGCCACAAGAACCAGUGAUGGCAAGACACCCAAUUGGAAGGAAAUACUGACUCAAACUUAUGAAUUGACUGAAGAAUGUCUGAAAACAAAUUUCUAUGGACCCAAAAGAGUAACUGAAGCACUUAUUCCCCUCCUUCAGUUAUCUAAUUCUCCUAGAAUCGUUAAUGUUUCUUCCUCCAUGGGGAAGCUAAAGAAUAUUCCUGGUGAAAGGAUUAGGGAGGUGUUAAGUGAUGAAGGUCUCACAGAAGAGAGAUUGGAUGAACUGUUGAAUGGGUUUCUAAAGGAUUUCAAAGAAGAUGAUGGUGAUGCAUUAGAAACGAAAGGCUGGCCUGCUAAUAUGUCUGCUUAUAUAGUGUCAAAGGUAGCUGUGAAUGCUUACACAAGGAUUUUAGCCAAAAAGCUUCCUACCAUCACCAUUAACUGUGUCUGUCCUGGUUUUGUCAAAACUGACUUGAACUACCAAACUGGAGCCUUGAGUGUUGAAGAAGGUGCAGAAAGUGUUGUGAGAUUGGCUUUGCUUCCUGAAGGUGGUGUACCUUCUGGUCUGUUCUUUGAUCGGAAGGAAGAGUCGCCCUUUUAAUUUGAAAUGGUUCAGGAUUUUGCUUGGGGGAAAGA